AUGUCUUCGCACUACAACUCGCACUACUCCCUCCCCAUGCCCGUCCCCUCCCACAAGGGCCAACACUACCCAAGCUACAGCAGCACCUACUCGGUCUCGCCCCCAGAGACGGACGAGUCCGUCAGCUCUGGCACCGGUCCUUCCUACAGCAACAGCGGCUACUCUGGCGGCUACUCGGUCGCCAACUCGAGCUACGCCGGCAGCAACAGCGGCGACUUUGAGAGCACCCACCACUCGGCGAGCGGCGUCGACUUCAACGACUACAUGCAGGACCGCUUCGCCCAGACCUUUGACCCCAUUCCCCUCGACCGCAACAUUGCAGUCCAGGCGCAGACUUCCGGAAAGCUCAACGCAAAGCACCGUGAGCUGCUGGAGUUGCAAAAGAAGGCGCAGGCUCGUCUCGCAAAGACGCGCGAGCGCUUCAACGAGGGCUACCGCGACGCUCAGGACGUGCGCGCGGACCUCGAGUGGACGCAGAAGAAAGUCUCAUCGCUCAAGAGCAAGACGUCUCGCAAGCACACCAGCGAGUACAACAAGGCGCGCGCUCGCUACCCCUCGCCCGAGUACUAG